AUGUGCCAAUCCGACGCGGGACGACUACACUGCGUCGACCGUGGCGAUAUAGAGAAGGAAAAGGAGGCAAUGAUGGAGAUCUUCCACGGCGCUGGAUGGCAGACGGAGGAGAUCCUACGCUCCCUAGAGGGGGCGGACGACUUCUACUGUGAGCGUAUGGCGCUGGUGCAACUCGACUGCUGGUCUCGUGGGCGUGUUGUGUUGGUCGGUGAUGCAGCCUACUGUCCAUCUGCCAUGACGGGCAUGGGCACAACGUGCGGUAUCGUGGGGGCAUAUAUUCUGGCGGGUGAGAUGUCACGACAUAAGGAUGCCGAUGGGCGGAGUCUCUCUAUAGCACUGAAGGCAUACGAGGAAACGUUCCGGCCAUUUAUGGACCAGGUGCAGCAUGGGGUGGCAGACGAGAAUCGCUUUUGGGAGCGAUUCGUGGUGACCCCAUGGGGCAUCGCCAUCAUCUACGUGGUCAUGGCUAUCGUAUCGUUCUUUCGAUUGAAUUUUCUGGGUCAGUUUGUGCUGCGUGAAGGCGUCAAGGGAUGGGAGCUACCAGACUAUCCGGAGUUGACAGGGGAUAUUGAUCGGUGA